GAGGAAGAGGAGGAGGAGGCGGCGAAGGCGUGCUGGAGGUGGCGGACGGCGAGCCCCUUCUCCGGCGGCAGCAGGAGCAAGAGCAGGAGCAGCAGGAGCAGCGGUGUCUCCCCCUGCGCUGCCUGCCUCCCUCCCUCCCUCCGGCCGGGCGAGCGUGCCAUGAGCGCUCCAGCCUCCUCCUCCUCCUCCUCCUCCUCUUCCUCGGGCUUGUGUCUGCUCUCCGGGCGCUCUUCCUCUGGCCGCUGCUCGCCAUGCCGGGGCUGCGCUGUUGCUGCCUGUGCUUCGUGGUGGCGGCGGCGGCCGCCGUGGUGGGUCUGUCGGGGGCCAACCGCAACUGCCCGGAGCUGGCCGUGGACAGCUGCCUCUGCACCGCCGAGCGCACCGCCAAGGGGCCCGGCCGGCCCAGCCUCCGCGUCAAAGUUGUCUGCAGCGGAGGAGAGUUGGUGGAAACUUUGCCGCCCGCCUUGCUGCCCAACCGCACCGUCUCCCUAAUUCUGAGCAAUAACAAGAUCUUGUGGUUGAAGAACAACUCUUUCAUUGGACUUAGAUCCCUGGAGAGAUUAGAUCUGAAGAAUAACUUGAUUAGUACUAUUGAGCCUGGGGCCUUCUUUGGACUUUCAGAACUGAAGCGUCUGGACCUUUCUAAUAAUAGAAUUGGAUGCUUAACACCUGAAAUAUUUGUUGGCCUUAAAAACCUUCAUAAAUUGAAUUUAUCAGGAAACAUUUUUUCAAAUCUCAUGAAUGGACUUUUCUCUGAGCUGUUAGCUCUCAAAGCCUUACAUUUCUCUACUGAUUCUCUCAUCUGUGACUGUAAUCUCAAAUGGCUGUUACAUUGGGCUAGAAAUGCCUCAGUGCGGAUAUCAGAAGAAAUGGUUUGUGCAUUCCCAAAGGGUUUACAGGGAAUACCAGUGCGGAACCUGAAAGAAAACCAGCUGAUAUGUGCUGGACCUUUGGAGCUUCCCCUUUUUGAACUGAUACCAUCACAGAGGCAGGUGGUUUUUCAGGGUGACCGCUUGCCAUUUCAAUGUACAGCAACUUACCUCGAUAAUACUACACAAGUGCAUUGGUACCAUGAUGGCCAACUUAUAGAAACAGAUGAUGAUAGAAGCAUGUUUGUGGAGGACAGCAUAAUCCAUGACUGCUGCUUAAUUACACGAGAACUUAUCUUGUCCAGCAUUGAUCUUGAAGCAACAGGAAUGUGGGAAUGUAUGAUCAACAACUCCUAUGGAAACAUCUCUAAGCAGGUGGAAAUAGUUGUACUAGAAACAGCUGCACCUUACUGUCCUGCUGAAAGAAUAAUUAACAAUAAAGGAGAUUUCAGAUGGCCUAAAACUCUGGCUGGUGUAACUGUUUACCACCCCUGUCUUCAGUACUCACUAAAUUCAGCUUCUCUUUUGAGUGGAUCAGAAGAAUCAAAAGCAUGGCGUAAGUGUAACCGCACUGGUCGGUGGGCUGAAGAAAGCUAUUCAGAAUGUCCUUAUUCACAAGAAGCAACUCAAGUCCUUCAUGCCUUUAGUCAGAUGCAUCUUAAUGCCACCAAUGCACUUGAAUUUUCCCAUCAGCUUGCAACCUAUACAAGAGAUGCUGCCAACUUUGCAGAUAAGCUGGACAUUAUCUAUUUGGCUUACAUGUUGGAAAAGUUAGUCGUAUAUAUGGAUGAAAUCAAAGAUCUUGCUGAUGCUGUGGUUGAAAUUGCGAGCAAUAUAAUGCUGGUAAAUGACCAUGUAUUGUGGAUGGCACAAAAGGAAGAUAAAGCUUGCACUAAGAUUGUGCAGUGUGUGGAGAGCAUUGCAAAUCUAACUCUGACCAGCAAUACACAGGUCAUAUCAAAGGUUUCUCUUAAUAUUGCUCUGGAGGCCUUUAUGAUCAAGCCAUCUAACUUCAUGGGGAUGACUUGCACUGCCCUCCAGAAAAUAUCUGCAAAUUCCGACAGGUCACUGAGCCGUGACACAGAGAGCAGGGAAACAGACCAACAUUUGAAUUUUAAGUGUAAUGCUGGCAGUCACAGUGCCUCUUUGAAGAAUUUCUCUUCAAUGCUAGUGAGAGGAAGUUUCUCAGAAAAUUGCAUGUGUGCCCCUCUGGAUCACAACCAAACUGUGGAUCGGAAGGUUGGCAGAGCCUGGAAGCCAGGUUGCAAGCAAGGAGAAAAAGCAUCUGAUUACGAGAACGCUGUGGCAGUAGCUUCAGUUCAUUUGCCACGGUCUGUCUUCUCUUCAUCUGCACCGUUGCAAUCUGUUGAUAACUCCUCUUGCAAGCUACAGUUUAUUGCCUUUCGGAAUGGAAAACUCUUCCCAAGCACUGCAAACUCAUCUAACCUUGCAGAUUAUGGGAAGCCCAGGACCAUUGGCACUCCAGUUGUCUUCAUUAAAAUAGAUGGGUGCAGUACUGGAAAACUGACUAGUCCUCUUACUAUAGCCUUGAAGCACUUUACACAGGGUAGAAACCCCAUUGCAGUCUUUUGGGAUUUUGACCUUCUAGAUGGACAUGGAGGCUGGUGGGGAGAAGGGUGCCACAUAAUUAGCACUGCAGAAAAUAUUACGACCCUUCAUAGUACUCACUUCGGUAACUUUGCAGUUCUCAUGGAUCAAAAAACCGUGUGGCCCCUCUCCCAGUACCCUGGGGAGUUCCUCCACCCCGUGGUCUAUGCAUGCACUGCUGUCAUGCUGUUGUGCCUCUUUGCUUCAAUUAUCACCUAUAUUGUGCAUCACAGCACAAUCCGAAUCAGCAGGAAGGGCUGGCACAUGCUUCUCAACUUCUGUUUCCACACUGCUCUCACGUUUGCUGUUUUUGCUGGUGGAAUAAAUCGUGUAAAAUAUCCAAUUAUCUGUCAAGCGGUUGGCAUUGUGCUCCAUUAUUCUACACUUGCUACAAUGCUGUGGAUUGGAGUAACUGCAAGGAAUAUUUAUAAACAAGUUACAAAAAAGCCUCAGACCUCCCAAAAUAGUGACCAGCCUUCUUAUCCAAAACAGCCAUUGCUCAGGUUUUAUCUGAUUAGUGGAGGAGUUCCUUUUAUUAUCUGUGGAAUUACAGCAGCAACCAACAUAAACAAUUAUGGGAUAAAAAGCUACGCAGGAGCCCAAUUCUGCUGGAUGGCAUGGGAGCCAAGCCUUGGUGCAUUCUAUGGACCAGUUGCAUUUAUUGUCCUGGUCACCUGCAUUUAUUUCCUCUGCACAUAUGUGCAGUUGAGGCGCCAUCCAGAACGCAAAUAUGAAUUGAAGGAAAGGACAGAAGAUCAGCAGAGACUGGCCAGCCCUGAGGUUGGCCAUAGUCACAUCACAGACACAGGAUCCGUCUCCCAGGCUACUUGCUCCAUGAUUUCUUCUUCCUUGCUGGAAAACGAGCACUCCUUCAAGGCUCAGCUUCGAGCUGCUGCAUUCACGUUGUUCUUGUUUAUAGCCACUUGGACCUUUGGUGCCCUUGCUGUUUCCCAAGGACAUUUCUUGGAUAUGAUCUUCAGCUGCCUAUAUGGAGCAUUUUGUGUGACCUUGGGGCUUUUCAUCCUCAUCCAUCACUGUGCAAAGCGAGAUGAUGUGUGGCAUUGCUGGUGGUCUUGUUGCCCAUCUAAAAGAAACACAUACUCUGUGCAAGUUAAUGUCCGGCCAAAGGUUAAUGUCAACGGGGAGAGUCAGGUCCAUGCCCCGUGUCUUCAGGAAUCCCCCUGUCCUGGUAAGUCUGCCGUUUUCAACCACCCAGCUGCUAGUCACUGCAAACUUACCAAUCUGCAAGCUGUUCAGAACCACGUCAACUGCCUUUCACCAGUCACACCCUGCUGUGCGAAAAUGCACUGUGAUCAACUCCUGGAAGAUGACGCUCACAUCCAUGUACACAACGAGGGGACUUUCAGGCCCAACAUGCACAUUCACCGAUGUCUGAAAAGCAGAACUAAGCCACGGUACUUCAGCCGGCAUCGGUCUGCGGGGGAAAGAGAGUAUGCAUACCAUAUUCCUUCCAGCAUUGAUGGCAGUAUCCACAGCUCCCACACAGACAGUCCACACAGUACCCACGAUAGUCAGUCAGGCCACAGGCGGCCAUGCUGUGCAAAAAAUGAUCCGUAUCCUACCCUCAGCCAGCCUGAAAGUAGCGAUGCAAGUACUGUGAUCUACAGCUGUGCUAAAAUGCCAGAAAGUGAGACAAUAGUGCACCAUGCAGCUCAUUUUGAGAUGCAUCCACGGACACAGUCCUUACCAUUUAGUACAACCAGCCACAAUGGGAUUUUAAAGGGGAACCUGCAUGAAGCCAUGGUCUACAGCUCAGAUAGUACAGGGAAUAUCAAAACUGGCCCUUGGAAGAAUGAAACUACUGUGUAGUUGGUGUGCUGUGCUGUUCCUUUUGCAUCUAAGACCAUCUCAGACUGCAAGCCUAUAUACUCUUAUCUGGGAGUAAGCGCAGAUUAAUUCAUUGGGGUUUACUUGUGAGUAGGCACACAUCGGAUUUCACACUGUUGAUCUUUGUUUUUCUUCUAAACUGAAUCGGAUUCUACAUGUUUGUGUACACAUCAGUAGACUGGGCAGGUUUUCAACCUAUUGCUUUCUUAAUUUGAGGCUUGAAAAAGCAUUGGCAGCCUCAAAAUUAUUGUUAAAGAAAUGAUGGUGGUGGAAAUGGAAAAGUCAACUUAGGGAGUAGAAUAUGAUGCAGUAUGUUUUUGUUGCAACACAUUGCCCAUGUAUUUUUUUUAAAAAAAUGCAUUAGCAUCUGACAGUAGAUACAUAUCAGCAUUGCAGCCUUCUUGGGUUAUUUUUUUCAAAAAUGUCAAUCUAAAAUUGAUUUCUAAAAUUCUAGUAGGAAAAGGAGGAUUUCAUUAACAAACAAACACAGCUAUUUAGCCCUACAAAAGUGAUACUGCCUCCAGUGACCUCCUGUAGCAUACAGCCUGUGAAAUCAUAUAGUGUACAGUUGCUGUUACAUCCCAUCUGUUGGAGAGAAAUACUAGGUAAUGUCCCUUGUUAAACAUCUAUGGUGCUGUAUUGACUGUAUUCCUUUUGUUUUUAUUAGUAUUCUAAUGAUUGCUUUUAUUUGCAUGACACCCAUCAGAAUGACACCACUUGCUGUUUCCUAGUGAUCCAUGUGUAAAAUGAAGAAGAAGAAGAAACCCUCUAUUAUAAAAGGCUGUGACUAUCCAUGUGGGUAUUAAUCUAGAGCAUUAUCAUUCUAGGAAAAGGGAGAGGAAAAGCACUACUGCACUAGUUUAAGUGGCACAAUCCUUUGUAUAAGGUUAUAUGAUAUCUUUAAUAAGGGUCCACUCUAAUGUCUCUACCGAGCAUGCACUAUUCAUUAUCUGUGGCACUGUGCAGUGUACUAGCAGCUGUCUUCACAAACUUCACUCCUCUGUAAGUAUGCGCUUGGAACCAGCUUGCAAGCUCUCCUACCACUGUCUUUUAAAACAAAAGUAGUGUUUAUCGUUGACUCUUGGAGGACAACAGCCAAUUUACAAAAGUUGACUUAACAAAUUAGUUAGGGCACUAUCAAACACAAGUAAAGGAAUUGGAGGACCAAUUUAGUGGGAAAGAAAUAAAACUGUGGACUUGCUUAAGUCUUACCUGCUGAAGAGCACUGGAACUCAAAAGCACCUCACUCAGACAAGGUUGUUUGCUUACUUUGGUUUAGAGAUGGGGAAGACUGGUACAUAGAGUUUUCUUUCACAAGAAUAGUACCAAAGUAGUCAAUUCAUAGUCUGCUAAGGAAAUGCAACACCACUUUAAGCCUGCAAUUCUGAAUGCCCUUCCUAGGGAGGAAGACCCAAUGGGUUUUACUUCCAAGUAAACAUGAUAGGAUUGCACUGUAGAACAGUGGUUCCCAACCUGUGGUCUGUGGACCACCAGUGGUCUACAAGAACGAAAAUAUGGUCCUUGGCCUCACUAUUACUACACCGUUGUCUCGAACUCCCGUGGCAAUGAGAGCGACUGGUGUCAUGAAAACAUCCUGUAGUGCUGAGGCAACGGGGAUGUCGGAAGGGGAGAGACUGACUACUCAUAAAAGAUUGCUACUACCACAUCAGCUCUAGCUUAUUAAAUAUGGUCUUCUGUGAGCGAAGUGAUGGACUGCUGGAUGGCAUAUGUUCUGCAUCAGAAACUAGAGCUGAUGUGGUCUACCCAAUGCAUUUUUCUGAAUCAGAAUCCCAAAUAACUAAACUGAAUUUAAAGUUGACCAAAAAAUGAUUCGUAACCCUUUUGGUACUAAUGUUGGAGAGUGAUCCCUGGUCAAAGCAGUCCCUAUUCAAAUGGUCCCUGGUCAAAAAAAGGUUGGGAACCACUGCUGUAGGUGAAUAUAAUUUUUUAAAAUAUAUAUAUUUAUGUUAUUUAUUUUAUUUAUUCUGCCUCUUCUUUCCCAUGCCUUUCAGUCAUCUGCCAAAACAAAUGCAGGGUUGUCUUUAUAUUUCUAUGGAAAUUUGACCUUCAACAGUCGGAUUUUUUAUUGAUUUAUUCUGCUCAACUCUAGGCCACUUUAGGGUCAGCGACAUUCUCUACUCACAAGGCUUUGGGCAAAGAGAGUUUUUAAAAAAUAGAUAUCCAUGAACAUCUGGACACAAAGCCCCAACUCACAGUAGAAAAUAGAAUUGUAAUUGCCCUUAUAUAUUUUUUUAAAAAGUAAAGAGUCUGGCUAUAAAAAAUGAUGACAUAAUGUGAAUGGGACUAUACAGCUAUAAAAAAGAAAACCACAAAAAUCUAUCAAUCGUUGUGGGGAGAACAGUAUUUCAAGAAAUUUUUAAAAAAGAAAGAAAGGACAAGCACAACAUUAUAUGGCCAUUAAGAACAAAUGUAUAGACAUAUCACACGAGCUCUAUCAAAGACCUCAUACAUUGCUUACAACUUAGGACCAACUUUCCUAAUCUGGUGUCACCCAGAUGUGUCUGACUAGCUAGAACAGCUGUGCAUUAUAGUCUGACAUAUCUGGAUACUACUAGGUUAAGGCAAGGUUAGGCAGUUCCCUGGGAAAUGGGAUUUCUUUGUAUGGGAUUAUUUUUGUCAAGGUCUAUAGGGUUCAAGUCACUGUGUGUUCCUUAAUCAGCAUGUUGUGAAUCCCUCCAUUUUAGGCUAUGUAAAAAUCUAUUUCCUUACAGUGUACAUAACAGAUGAUGAUUAUAAUUUUUAGAAUGUGAUUAAAACAAACCGAGUGUCAGAUGAAUGUGUUCUGCAGUGUUUGCAGGUGGGAAUUAGUACUCAAAAGGGUUAAUGCUCAGUAUCUGAGUGCAAGGAAUUUCCUCUUUUCUUUUCUGUAUUUUUAUAAAAUUCAUAUAAAUAUAUAUAAAUAUAUAUAUAUUGUAAAUUACAGCAAAUAAUGUAUCCAUUGUGUGUGUAUGUGUGAGCGUAUGCGUGCGUGAGCGUGUAUGUUUCUGUGUGUCUUUCAAAGGUGAACAAAGCAGACUGCACUAAGUUGGUGUUGAAUUUUGAAUUCAUGGUUGCUUCUUUUAGAUGAUGCAAAAAGGAAAAAAAAGAUAAUAUCCUGAGCUUUAUUGUGUAUAUGCUGUAUAUGCUUGAACUGUCUCAAAACUAAAAUACAGUAUUUUGCAUUGUGUGCAUCAUUAUUUUCUUUUUCAUCAUUCUUUUUCUUUCGUAUAUACAUUUCCCAUUCCACAACAUCGGUGCAACUAUAUAGGCUUAGAUAUAAUGUUAGAUGCCACAUCUCUGUGUCUCAGUGAUAUUUAUAAUACUCUGUAAUAGCUAAGUCCUAGAAGGCCUCUAGAAUUAUGCAAAAUAGUCCACACACACGCUGAGAUCCAAGUGAAAUUGUCACGGCUCAGGAACACAUUCAUUGAAAUUCUCCGGUUUGUGUUUCUAUUGCCGAUGUUGUUCUGUCUGACAAAAAAAAACAACAACAACAAAGAACCAAUAUAAUUAAAUGGGUGCUGCUUUCCACAAAAGAGCUGCUGUCAUAAACCUCUCUUGAAAACUAACGUUCAGUAUUGAUACACCUUUCGUAUUGUGUCUGAAUAUGGAGUCAGCAAAUAUUUCCGGGCUAAUUUGGAAAACAAUGUUAUGCAAUAAGCUGUUUGCAAUUUUUUUUAGUAUAAUUGCAGAGUAGGAAAACAUGAUAUUAUACAUGAAAUAAAUUGAAAACGUUUUAUAACAUGA